AUGCAGUUCUCUUCACUCCUCCUUCUCCUGCUAGGCGCAUCAUCAACAACAUGCGCAUUAGACUUCUCAGAUUCUCCGAUCCGACGCGCUGGUGCUGGUCCUCCACCUGCAGCUCCAGCAGCACCGAGACCUGCAUCGCCGCCAUCGGUUCCAGCGGCACCAAGACCUGCAACACCCCCAUCUGCACCACGGCCACCCAAACCAGACAGGCCCGACGCACCUGAUAGUCCUGAUGCACCUGACGAUGAUCGCACUGAUAACGGUUCGACCACGAGAAUAUCCAGGCCGUCUACAAGCAUCGUUAGGAUAGGAACGCAGAUAUCGUCAAGGACGACUAUUCAAAGUUCCACGAGCACGACGAGUGCAUUCAGGACCAUAAAUACUGGUGCUGGGACGAGGGUGUAUGUCGAUUCGGGAAUAAUGGUUCUUGUUUCAGUGGUGGUUGCAGCGGUUGCAUAG